AUGGGACUGCUCUCAAAAUUCGGUCGGAUUUUGGGAGGAGAACGAGAAAAAUCGGCUUAUGAUGGGUUAUGGGUACGCGGCGACUCCACCGCCACCUUCCCGCCAUUUACGCAGGCGCAGGUGAACGAUGAGGUAUCGGUGACGGUUGGGGCAGAAGUUCGAGCCGUUUACAAGGACCACGAGUGGAUCUACGUCGAAAGGGCUGAUGGCCGCCGCGGCUUCAUCCCAGAUGAUCAUUGCCGCAUCCGGGUGCCGCUCAGCUACGACCCCACCCAGAGCACCUCACCCGUUCCGCCGUUGCAACCGCGCCCCAAAAUCAGCCGCCGCGACUCGGAGAAGAUCAAGCGGGAGCUGCUCAAGCACAAUCGAUGCCUCGAGCCGCACAGCCAGCCCGAUGCGACGGCCAGACAUCCGAUUUCGGCGCACACGAUGCAGCGAAGGCCCCAGGAGACCAAGGGAAAAGCCCUGCUCCGCCGCGCCGACACUUUCCACGCCGGCGACAAGCUCGACGAGUCGAACCUGGAGCGCUUUUUGAAGAGCCUGCCCGUGGAGAAGCACGAGGGGCAACCCUUUGUAAAGGCUCCCCAGGGCACGGUGCGCGUCCGCGAGCCCUUCGAAAAUCGAAACGCCGAAGAGGUGGCGAUCGCAAGAGGGGAGCAGGUGACCCUGCUGAACACGUCGGACCCGGAUUGGACGCUUGUACGAAAUCAAGCCGGCGAGGAAGGCUUCGUGCCCUCGCACUGUUUAGCCGGUUUCCCGGUGCUGACGGAAAAUCGGCCGGCUCUCGACGUGCUGGUGGUGGAAUCGUAUCGCUCGGACGCGAAGCUCGACCUCGAGGUGGCCCAUGGGGAAUGGCUGAAGUGUGAGCAGCCGGAGGUGAAUGGGUGGUUUUGGGCGGAGAAGCUCGACGGCUCGGCCAAGGGCUUCGUCCCGUCCGCUUUUUGCAUUGUGGCUACGCAUAUC